UAGUUAUCUUGUAUCAGUUGAGAUGGCAACGCUGAAUAAUGAUUACGUCCGCAUACCGCGGUUUUACGCGGGCAGAUCAGUGCUUAUUACAGGCGCAACCGGAUUCAUCGGAAAGGUAUUAGUUGAGAGGCUACUGACGACAUGUCCAGAUAUCAAAAAGUUAUGUUUACUCAUGAGGACCAAGAAAGAGAAUCAACCGGAGGAACGCCUGCAGCAACUCAAAGAUUCACCAAUAUUCAGUGACCUUCGCCAUCGAGACCCCAGGCAAAUGGACAAGUUGUGCAUAAUACCAGGAAACAUGUUACAACCUAAGCUCGGUAUUAGCAACAAGUAUUUGGUAGAUUUACAAGAGGUGUCGAUAGUGUUCCACUCUGCAGCAACAGUAAAAUUUAACGAGGACCUACGCAGGGCGAUCGAAAUGAAUGUAUUAUCAGUAAUGAGAUUACUGGCGAUUUGCGACAAUUUACCCAAUAUACAAGCAUUCGUGUACGUCUCUACAGCAUACAGUAAUGCGGAACUACCAGAAAUAGAAGAAAAAGUGUAUUCAUUGUCUACCCCUAUAGAACAACUUUUAGCGUUGGUUAAAGAUAAUACGAUAGAUUCAAAGGAUCUUAUGAAAUAUAUCACUCCGAAGCCCAAUACUUACACUUUCACGAAAGCGAUGGCCGAGUAUGCCGUCCAGCAGCACAGGACCAGACGUUAUCCUGUUGCAAUAUUUAGACCUACAAUAGUAAUAUCAUCACAUCGCAACCCUUUCCCUGGUUGGAUAGAGAAUUUGAAUGGGCCCGUGGGAGUGGUAGCUGCUGUUAGCACCGGUCUACUGCACGUGGUCCGCUGUGAUGGCUCAAAACAAGCCGACUUGCUGCCAGUUGAUAUUGCUGUAGACACUCUCAUUGCUGUCGCUUGGGAAACUGUUAUUUGCAAAUGGACAACUAUCAAAGUAUACAACUGUAGCAUGUCUGAAAACUUAACGACAUGGGCAGAGUUACAGCAAGCCAUAAACUACUACACCAGAGAAUAUCCACAUACUAAUUUGUUUUGGUAUCCUUUUCUAUAUCUCGUGAGGAAUAGGUUCGCGUAUAAAAUACUAGAAUUAUUGCUUCAAACUAUACCACUGUACAUAUUAGAAUAUGCAAUGCGCGUCUUAGGAGUUAAAAAAGAGCAAAACCUAAUAUUAGCGGAUCGAAAGUUCCACCACAUGAAUACAGCAUUAAAAUUCUUUGUAUUGAGAGAAUGGCGUUUUAAAAAUGAAAAUGUCCGGAAUUUACGAAAAAGGUUACAUACAUCCGAUACAAAAUUAUUUAACAUUGAGCCCCGAGCUGUGAAUUGGGAUGAUCACUAUAGACACUUUGUCUGUGGUGUAAGAAAAUACCUGUUGAAACAGAAUGACGACGAUUUGCCUCAAGCAAAACUACGUUUGCGAAGAGCAUACAUCUUGCAUAAUUUCGUCAAUAUAAUCUUCUUGGUAUUAUUUCUCCACGUAUUAUUAGAGAAGAAACAAAGAGAAAAUAUUAAGAAUAAUAUUAUUAUCUUACUAACUGUCUGCAAAGCAUUAAUCGAUCGUUUCGCAAAAUUAUCGCAUACAAUAUUUCGAAGGCUUUAAAAUGUAUUUUUUAUGUUUACAACUAAGUAAAUAAAUGAUGUGGGUGGAUGAACAGAAUACAUUUAUUACAAAAUAAAUAAAUAAUUGCUUCGAAUUAAAUAA